AUGGCAGCCACUUUCAAUUUGAGCUCACUAAUAUGGUUUGCUCUUACCCUAGUCUUUACAUUUGCAGAAACAAAUAAUAAUGGUGGACGUUUCACUGCUGAUCUCGUACAUCGUGACUCCCCUCUCUCUCCCUUUUAUGAUCCUUUGGAAUCCCAUUUCGAUAGAUUGCAUAAUGCUUUUCGUCGUUCAAUUUCACGUAUGAACUAUCUCAAAACAAUCUUUUCACCGUCAUCAUCAGGCCCAGCAAAACUUCUCCAGGCGCCGCUGGUGCCCACUGGUGGAGAAUAUUUAAUGAACAUCUCCAUUGGGACCCCGCCUGUCGUGUUAAUCGGAAUCGCCGACACCGGCAGUGACCUUACUUGGAUUCAAUGCAAGCCUUGCAAAGAAUGCUACAAGCAAAAACCUCCGUUGUUUGAUCCCAAAAAAUCUUCAACUUACAAAAUCUUAACAUGUGAAUCUCGUUACUGCUCCGCUCUUGACGACGGCAAACGUUGCGAAUCGCACAUGAACUUGUGCGGAUACAGUUACUCUUACGGAGAUAAUUCCUUCACUGAAGGAAGUCUGGCGGUGGAAAAUUUGGCCAUGGGAGAUUCAACUUCUGGAAGUCCUGUCACACUUCCGAAUAUUGUUUUUGGCUGCGGACAUGAUAAUGGUGGCACGUUUGAUGAAAACGGGUCGGGUAUCAUCGGUCUUGGCGGGGGCUCUCUCUCGCUGAUCUCUCAAUUGAGUUCAUCAAUCAAAGGGAAAUUCACUUAUUGUUUGGCCCCAAUUUCAUCUUCAGCAACCAGCAAGAUAAAAUUUGGCGCUCCGAGUUUUAACGGUUCAAGUCCUGGACUUAUUUCAACUCCUUUGAUUGAUAAAGCACCGGCAACGUAUUAUUACGUUACCUUGGAAGCCAUUAGUGUCGGAAACAAGAAGCUGCCAUACACGAAUUCUUUAAAAACUGAUUAUGAUUUUGUAGAAGUCGAGGAGGGUAACAUGAUAGUCGAUUCAGGGACGACUUUAACGUUUAUUGAGAGUCAGUUUUACGACAAAUUGGCCACUGUUUUGGAGAAAGAAAUUGGAUCUCAACGUGUGAGUGAUCCGAAGGGUGUUUUUGGAGCUUGUUUUCGAGUUAAAAGCAAGAAUGAAGACCAUCUUCCUGUUAUCACAGUUCAUUUUAGUGGCAAUGCGGAUCUGAAAUUACAGCCAUUGAAUGCAUUCAUUAGAGUGGAGGAAGAUUUGGUGUGCUUUACUAUGGUGCCUUCAGAUUCCAUUGCCAUUUUUGGAAAUUUGGCUCAAAUGAAUUUCCUGGUGGGAUUUGAUCUUGAAGGGAAGACUGUAUCUUUCAUGCCAAAUGACUGCUCGAAGCAGUAA